UGGAACGAUGCGGGCGCAGUCGAGAUAUUAGAGGACGCGCUGAGAAGGAUAGGCGCUCUCUGAAUAUGAAGAUUUUGAGCAUACGAGAUGUUUUUUAAUGAGGACAUGUCAUGCUUUCUAUAUUGCGUUAUAUCUAUCCAUUCUUCUUUUGUCAUUUUCUCUAUUUACCCACGAGAGUCUUGCACGCAUGAUCUGGAAGAUCGCAGGUGAGGAGAUAUGAAGAAGAAUGCCAUAAACUGUAGAUUUCUAGUUGAAUAUGCACUGACGCACUUGUGGGAUAUUUCUAUGGAUUACUUUAAUAGAUUUAUUUAUGAUUUUUAACAAUACAUCGAUCUAAAAACAGAAAAAACGACCACAAUGGAUGUAUUUAAUAGCUCUAAUCUGGAGGACGGAAUUGAAGCAGUGAAUAUCUCCUAUAAUUCUACAUCUCAGAGUCGAUACACCCAGCUUUCUAUCUGGAGUCUGGCCGGACUUGUAAGCUUUCUAAUUUUAUUUACAAUAGUUGGAAAUGUCCUAGUUGUUAUCGCUGUUUUAACGAGCAGAGCUUUGAAACCACCUCAGAACCUUUUUCUUGUUUCCCUGGCCAGUGCGGACAUACUGGUGGCCACCCUGGUCAUGCCAUUUUCUCUUGCAAAUGAACUCAUGGGCUACUGGUUUUUUGGUAAAAUUUGGUGUGACAUCUACCUGGCUCUUGACGUUUUAUUUUGCACUUCCUCCAUAGUUCACUUGUGUGCUAUUAGUUUGGACAGGUAUUGGUCAGUGACACAGGCUGUGGAGUACAACUUAAAGAGAACCCCCAAAAGAGUUAAAUUCAUGAUUGUGGUGGUAUGGUUGAUUUCAGCUGUUAUCUCCUUUCCACCACUGAUAUCAAUGGACAGGAGCAAUAAUGAGUCCAGUCCCCAGUGUUUCCUGAAUGAUGAGACCUGGUACAUCCUCUACUCCAGUAUUGGCUCAUUCUUUGCCCCCUGUGUCAUCAUGAUCCUUGUUUAUGUUCGGAUUUACCAAGUUGCAAAGACCAGGACCAGAACAAUGUCAGAGAAGAAGAGGGAUGUGGACUUUCCACUGGAUAACGGGAUGGAGCAAGCUGAACCAGGGAGAGGAGGAUCAUUAAAGUCUAACAGGACCGGCAGCAUGAGAGAACAGGAACGGGAGAAUGGGUACUGCCAAGAGCCAGAAACUCAAUCCCCUCUUCCAAAUGAGGCGAAGCAUCUGCCAACCGACCACAAUGAUGAUUUUGAGGACAGCAGCUCAUCAGAUGAGAAACCUAAAAAGGGUUUCAGUUUCUCCAAACAUCAACAUGAAAACAAAAAAGACAGGAAGUUCAGCCGGAAAAGCAGCUCAGCCUCUAAAUACUCAAGCAGGAAGUCACGAGCCAGUUCCAAGUCUUUGGAGCUCUUCUCGUCUAGAGGCAAACGAAGAAGCACCAUCAAUGGGAAGAAAGUUUCAGCUGCCCGGGAGAAGCGUUUCACCUUUGUCCUUGCUGUUGUAAUGGGCGUUUUCGUUGUCUGCUGGUUCCCAUUCUUCUUCUCUUAUAGCUUGUACGGAGUCUGCAGGGAGCUGUGCAAGGUUCCUGAGACAUUGUUCAAGUUUUUUUUCUGGAUUGGCUACUGUAACAGCUCACUUAACCCGGUCAUCUACACCAUCUUCAACCAAGACUUCCGCAGAGCCUUCCAAAAGAUCCUCUGUAGGUCAUGGAAACGUUCUUUCUAAAUGUGGGCAUGGAUGCAUUUGUAAUAAAUUUUGGAUGAAAGGAUUUAACUACUGUGCAAAGAAGGAUUACAAUGCAAAAGUAAGCUGACAAUAUACACAUCAUGUUCUUUUAUUUAACACCAUCAGGCUGAUUUUAGACUGAUGGAGCCUCAGGUUAUUCCUUAUUUUUUAGACUUCUUUUCCAUUUAUUUAAAUACAAGAAACUAACUCUUAACAGUCACUUGAUGUAUGCACACCACAGUGGCUCAUCUGCAUGGACUGCACAGGAGGUAAAUGGUUUAGAGAAUCACUUGAUUCAUAAUGUUACCUUAUCCACUCAGUUUAAUGCCAAGGCCUUGACAAUCUCUACACAACUGUUACUCGAAGCGUCAGUGAUAUAUUCUCUAUGACACUCACAACAAUAGGGCAUUGGGACAAUCGGCCUCCUUCCUUACUGUUUCAGUAGCAAACCUGUUGUUAUGGUGAUAUUGUUUUCUUAAGUUCUCCAUGUGGGGCUCAAAAGAGUCAAAAGCGGAAACUGAAGGGGAAGACAUUGUAUGAGGACAUACAGUAUGUUUUGUUUUUUGUAUACUUGCACAUGUGGCUUGGAAUCAAUCCAGAAACUGUUACACUUAGUACAUCAAUGUUAACUGGGCAUGUCCCCUUACAGACAAAUGUUUGCACCUGUCUUUGAGGAUAUGAAUGGAAUAAGGAAAUCCAGACAAGGCAGAUUAUUAGCCUCUGAGGCUUCACUGUUUACUGAAAUGUGUUAGUUCUGUGUGUGUGUGUGUGUGUGUGUGUGCGUGUGUGUGUGUGUGUGUGCGUGCGCGUGCGUGCAUGCGUGCGUGUGUGUGUGUGUGUGUGUGUGUGUGUGUAUAAGCGUGCUUUGUUUAAAUAGCCUGAUUCUUUGUGGUUAUGUGUCACAACUCCAAAAAUCAUAACCAGACAUGUAUUAAUAUAUUAAAGAUGUACUUUGUGUUUAAAGAACAAUUCCCAUAAGGUUUUUUUUCUGUUACUGUUCAUUAGCCUCUGUACUUUUUUUAAAAUAACUAAUGUUUACUUCUCUGCUUUGAGCACAUACUAAAAGAUCAAAUAAAGCCUUUUUUUGUCAUUUGAAAAUUCCUGAAGCGUGUACAGUAUUCAGAGUCCAUUUUCCAUCUCCUAAUGUUUCUGUUGUGCAGCUGUUGUUUUUGUAUUAUUUAAGCUGACUCUCUAAUAACUGUGAAUUAGAACACACAAAUGUAAAUGGUCUUACUUGGUAAACUGCUGGCAUUUUUUUAAAAUUUGAUUCUUUCUAGUAAGCUGCUGUUGUUCAGGCUUGAUCAGUGAAGGUUAUUUAUCUGGAAUCCAUCCUGCCUACGAUACGGUAUUAUUCCCUGGGUAGACUGGUGAGCGGGAGACUGAAAUCAGGUUUAUUCACACAAAUAAGUCACCAGCACGUUUAUCAAAACUUUAACAUUAUGUAUAUGUUUGACUUAAAAAGUCACAAUGUGAAACAACAACUGCCCUAUAGUGGUUGUUGUGGUGAUGCCUGUCAAGUCAAAUUGUUGGUAGCUAAGCCAUUAAAUUACACCGAUAAAUAGAAGCUAAUUAUAAUUCUCCAAAGCAUGUCAUGGGAGAGUGAGUGCAUAAAAUAGCAUGUGAAAAAGUUUCUUGGGGAAAGUGACAGCUGAAAAGACCAGCCUCACAGACUCCACUUUGCAAUUUGCUGGACAAAUCCACGUUAAAUGGCUUUUGUCAUGAUGGAGUCUAAAAAAUGUGGCUCAUGUUGUUAUAUGCAAAUCAGGAUGACUGAUUGGUCAACGACAAAAUGUUGAGGUUGCAGUAGACUCUUUAUGGAACUGUGCAGGACUUGCCACUUACCCAACAUACAUUUUAUUAAACACACAGUUUAUGAGUUAUGCCGCUGGGAGGCUCCCAAUCAAAAAAAUUACAACAUAUGACUUUGACGUUUGUGGGGAAUCACGGGAGAGACUCUGUCUGCUGUUCCACCACCACCCCUGAUCAAAACGUACUUCCAGUUGACUAGUUAAGACAAACGGCUGAAACAGACCCGAGGAAGAUGUUUACUGACGAG